GGAUGUUGCAUGGAAAAUUCAGAAACAGGCUGGGUGAUGGCUUAGUAGGUAAAGGUACUUGCUGUGCAGACUGACAACACAAAAGGCUGGACGUGGAGGCCUGCAUCUGUAACUCAGUGCUCUUGUAGCAAGAUGGGAGGUGGACAGGAGUAGUGGCCAGACGCUCAUGUGCACAGAGCAGAAGGAAGAAGAGACCUUGCCUCAAGCAUGCUAGACUCCUGGAGAGGUGUCUUCUGGCUUUAAUGUGCAUGCUGUAGCACACAUGAUACACACAUUUGCAUACAUACCCAGUAAAUAGAUGAUCUUAGGGAAAAAAAUCAAAGAAUCAUACAGUUUAAAUAACUGUGAUACUUUAUAACUGUUCUUAUUGCUGCUAAUCGCACUGUGCCCUAAUCUGUGUUAGACCUAGGGCUCUAUCUGUGUAUAGAGGUAGGGACGUGUGUGCCUGUGAAAACACAUUUUCUGUAAGGUGUCAUGGUGUGAGGCAUCCACAGGAUGUAGGGUGUCUUAGGAUGAGUUCCUUGCAGAUAAGGGGUGAUGCUGUGGUUCUGCUUCGUCGUUUGGGCUUAUGACAUGUGGCCCCUUUGUGAGAGAAUACAUAUAACAUUGUUGCCUCCCUGCUGCCCCAAGUGAUAUUUUCUCUAUGGAGCUGACAAGCCAUAUGACAUCCAGUUGGAGCCAGGAGAAGGGCUGUUUCCCCCUUGGUAACUAAGGCACGUAGGCAGUGUGAAUAGACCUUCCUCCACAGUGCGUUCAUUACCCACUGGUUUAGCUAACACUUGCUGUCCUAGUAAAGGUCCUGUGCUAAAUGGUAUGUUCUCUGUUGAGGGGUAGAGAUACAGAUGCUCCAGGAAAGGAGACUGGAGUGCUGGUCCUUCCUACAUGCCUGCCAUAAAGACUAAGUAGCAUCUUGUUUGUCUUACAGAUAAGCAUCCUUGGUUCUACCCGGUCCUGAGUGCUGUCUCCUGCUUGUUCCUUCUCUUCGUAGAUGUCAUUUGGUGGAACCAAACUUACACUUAGACAUUUCAGAGUGGAAAGCAUCGAACCUUUUCAUUUCACUCUGCCCAUGCUCAAAGAAGUUAGUCGGUGCACCGUGAUUGUCUCAUCAACUUAGAUAGAGCCACAUGGAAACCAGUUACAACAUUCACUGGACUUUAAUGAUGCCAACAGUUCUCUUCGAGCGGUUUCUCAAAAACCGUUCUGCCAUUGAACAGUAAAGGUUUCCACUUGAGUGGCACAGUGACAGAACCUGCAAUACAAUCGGAGCCAGAAACCGUUUGCAACGUGGCCAUCAGCUUUGAUCGUUGCAAGAUUACCUCAGUGACCUGCAGCUGUGGAAACAAGGACAUAUUUUAUUGUGCCCAUGUUGUGGCACUGUCUUUAUAUCGCAUCCGCAAGCCAGAUCAGGUCAAACUGCAUCUUCCCAUUUCAGAGACUCUCUUUCAGAUGAACAGAGACCAGCUUCAGAAGUUUGUUCAGUAUUUGAUCACAGUGCACCACACAGAAGUCUUGCCAACUGCUCAGAAGCUUGCAGAUGAAAUUCUCUCUCAGAAUUCGGAAAUCAACCAAGUUCAUGGUGCUCCUGACCCUACGGCGGGUGCUAGUAUUGACGACGAGAACUGCUGGCACUUGGACGAAGAGCAGGUGCAAGAACAGGUUAAACUGUUCCUCUCCCAGGGAGGGUACCAUGGAUCAGGGAAGCAGCUUAACUUGCUCUUUGCAAAGGUGCGGGAGAUGUUGAAGAUGAGGGACUCCAAUGGGGCCCGCAUGCUGACCUUGAUCACAGAGCAGUUCAUGGCUGACCCUCGCCUGUCACUUUGGAGGCAGCAAGGCACUGCAAUGACUGACAAAUAUAGGCAGCUCUGGGAUGAGCUUGGUGCUCUGUGGAUGUGUAUCGUGUUAAACCCCCACUGUAAGUUGGAGCAAAAGGCCAGUUGGCUGAAACAGCUGAGAAAAUGGAACAGUGUUGAUGUCUGUCCGUGGGAAGAUGGAAAUCAUGGUGGUGAAUUGCCCAACCUAACCAAUGCUCUGCCUCAGGGUGCAAAUGCCAACCCAGAUUCAUCGAACAGGCCUCAUCGGACAGUGUUCACCAGAGCCAUCGAGGCCUGUGACCUCCACUGGCAGGACAGCCACUUGCAGCACAUUAUCAGCAGUGACCUGUACACCAACUACUGUUACCAUGACGACACUGAAAACUCCCUCUUUGACUCCCGGGGGUGGCCCCUCUGGCAUGAACACGUUCCUACAGCCUGUGCAAGAGUGGAUGCAUUACGUUCUCACGGGUACCCCAGAGAAGCCCUGAGACUAGCGAUAGCUAUUGUGAACACAUUACGACGACAGCAGCAGAAGCAGUUGGAAAUGUUCCGGACUCAAAAAAAAGAGCUGCCCCAUAAAAGCGUAACCUCAGUAACCAAUCUGGAAGGCUGGGUUGGACACCCCCUUGACCCCGUGGGCACUCUCUUCAGUAGCCUCAUGGAAGCUUGCCACACUGACGAUGAGGCCUUCUCUGGGUUCUCAGAUUGUACAGACAACGUGGGACAGUGCAAAUCCCUGGAGUACCACCAUCUGCCUGCACACAAGUUCUUAGAAGAAGGGGAGUCCUAUGUAACACUGGCUGUAGAGGUAGCCCUGAUAGGCCUGGGGCAGCAGCGAAUCAUGCCUGACGGGCUGUACACACAAGAGAAGGUUUGCCGGAAUGAGGAGCAGCUUAUUUCUAAGCUUCAGGAAAUCGAAUUGGAUGACACACUGGUGAAGAUUUUUCGCAAGCAAGCAGUCUUCCUAUUGGAAGCUGGCCCAUACAGUGGCUUAGGUGAAAUAAUCCAUCGGGAGAGUGUUCCAAUGCACACAUUUGCCAAGUAUCUCUUCACCUCUCUCCUACCUCAUGAUGCUGAAUUAGCAUACAAAAUUGCACUGAGAGCAAUGCGGUUACUAGUAUUGGAAUCUACUGCUCCGACAGGAGACCUCUCCCGCCCCCACCACAUUGCGUCAGUUGUCCCCAACCGAUACCCUCGUUGGUUCACUUUAAGCCACAUUGAAUCCCAGCAGUGUGAGCUGGCAUCCACCAUGCUAACUGCAGCCAAAGGCGAUGUUCGGAGGCUGGAGACAGUAUUAGAAUCCAUCCAGAAAAACAUCCACUCCUCAUCACACAUCUUCAAGCUUGCCCAAGAUGCAUUUAAAAUAGCAACUCUCAUGGACAGUCUGCCAGACAUCACUCUUUUGAAAGUGUCUCUGGAGCUGGGCCUGCAGGUUAUGCGAAUGACACUGUCAACCCUCAAUUGGCGACGGCGAGAAAUGGUGCGGUGGCUGGUGACAUGUGCUACUGAAGUAGGCGUUUAUGCCCUGGACAGCAUCAUGCAGAGCUGGUUUACACUGUUCACUCCCACUGAGGCCACAAGUAUUGUUGCAACUACUGUGAUGUCCAACAGCACCAUAGUCCGCCUCCACCUGGACUGCCACCAGCAGGAGAAGCUGGCCAGCAGUGCCCGGACGCUGGCAUUGCAGUGCGCCAUGAAGGACCCACAGAACUGCGCCCUCUCUGCACUGACCCUCUGUGAAAAGGAUCACAUAGCUUUUGAGACGGCGUACCAAAUUGUCCUUGAUGCUGCUACCACCGGCAUGAGCUACACACAGCUCUUUACAAUAGCACGGUACAUGGAGCACCGUGGGUACCCCAUGAGGGCCUACAAGCUGGCGACGCUGGCCAUGACCCAUCUCAACCUGAGCUAUAAUCAGGACACACACCCUGCCAUUAACGACGUGCUGUGGGCCUGUGCGCUUAGUCACUCCCUGGGUAAGAAUGAGCUUGCAGCUAUAAUACCUCUGGUGGUCAAGAGUGUCAAGUGCGCAACGGUACUGUCAGACAUUUUGCGCAGGUGCACUCUGACCACUCCUGGCAUGGUGGGACUUCAUGGAAGGAGGAACUCUGGCAAGCUCAUGUCACUGGACAAAGCCCCCUUGCGGCAGCUCUUGGAUGCCACGAUCGGGGCCUAUAUCAACACGACGCACUCCCGACUCACACACAUCAGUCCUCGGCACUACAGCGAGUUUAUAGAGUUCCUCAGCAAGGCCCGAGAGACCUUCCUGAUGGCACAUGAUGGACACAUUCAGUUUACACAGUUUAUUGACAACCUGAAACAAAUCUACAAAGGCAAAAAGAAACUGAUGAUGUUGGUUCGGGAGAGGUUUGGUUGAUAGAACCUGUAUGAAUGGGGAGGGGGUGGGGGCGGGAGGGAUGGUUUGUUUUUACUUGAGCCUGCCUUUGUACCCUUUUUAACUUAAAGAACAGAGCCACACCGGUAUUAUAUGUGUAUAGUUAUAUUGCGUUUGCAGACUAAAUUGUCAUGUUGUGAAAGUUUGUGUGUUUUUAAAUUUUUCCCUUUUCCUUUCUUUGGUUUUUAAUUCUUUUUUUUUUAUUAUUAUUAUUGGUUUGUGUGAGAGAGGUUGAGAAGGUUUGGUUUACACUGAGUAUAUGUUGUCAAGUGGCCAAAGUCCACAUAGCUCUCCUGUUUUCUGUAUACGUUCACAGCCUCAAAAAAAAAAAAAAUAAUUGAAAUGGCUUUAAAAACCGAACAGAACACCUCCAUCCUGCGAUAAGUACCUCGAAUGGAUUCAGCUUUACCCCUCUGUGACUCAUCCUCACAUUCUCAGCAUAUUUAACAGACCAACAAAACCAAGUACUAGUAGUGAGGGGCUGACCCACGUGGCUUUGCAGUGCUCUUCGUCCAGAAGCAUGGCACACGAUGCUUGUGCAUGUGGAAACUUAGCGACUGUCAACAUACAUUCUCAGGGAUUUAUCCAAAAAAAUUAAAAAAAAAAAAGAAUGAGAGCAUUUAUUGUACUGUAUAUAUAUUAUAGUAUAUGUCUGAAUAUUGAAAAUAUAACAUUAACUAAUUUAUAAAAAAUAUUCUAUGUAAUGCAAAAAUACUUGAAGCUGCAGUAGCUUGGUUUUAAACAAAAACAAAAAAAUGGAGAGAAAAACCUAUCAGAAGGACUAGAAGUGC